AUGGCUAGCGUGUCAUCAGGAGUUCCCCUCACCGCCCCGUCAGCGCAAAAACUAUUGCAGUCUGUGAAGUACAUCCUUCUCGACGUGGAUGGCGUAGUGUGGUCGGGGCCGCGUGUGCUUCCCAACAUUCCGCAGACAUUGCAGUAUUUGCGCUCACUUGGGAAGGAGAUCCGCUUCCUCACGAACAACGCCUCCGUGUCGCGCAGCAGUCUCGCGCAGUUGUUUAGGCAGCGCGGCAUUGAGGGCGUUAAAGAGAGUGAAGUGUACAACAGUGGCUAUGCUGCCGCCCUGAGGCUGCGCCGCAUUUGUGGCGCUGCAGAGGGUAAUCAGGAGCGGCAAGAGGGGAACGAACCAACUAGCGAUAAGAGGCUGGUGAGGGGAAAUGUAUUUGUUAUCGGCGAGGAGGGUCUUCAUGAGGAGCUGCAGCGUGUUCUUGCGCCAGGGUACAUUACGUAUGGGAUGGAGUUACACGAUGCAGAGAAGGUAGGUGGUUACAACAGCGCAAAUGCAGCCACCGCGUGGAAGGAGCGCAUUCUUCCGGCUCCGCUACGUCAACUGAAACCCCCUGAUGGUAUCACCGACUACGGAAGGGGCAUUUCACUGACAGACCUCUCACCGGUGGCUGUAGUGGUAGGACUUGACCUGCAUUUUAACAUGCUUAAAUUGGCCUAUGCUUCACUCUGCCUCCAUCGAGGGGCUGGCAGUAACACUGACAGUGAGGGAGAUCGUAUUGGAGGAGACCGUGACCGCACGCCGGAUAAAGGACUUCAGAAACCUGUUUGCUUCAUCGCAACAAAUGAAGACCCCCAAAUACCCAUUGGCGAAGAGGGACUCCUCCUUCCUGGGGCAGGUGGAAUGGUUUCCGCACUGCGCACCGUAUCAGGUCGGAACCCUGACGCCGUGUGCGGAAAACCGCACGUUGACAUGGCGCGGAUAAUGUUUGAGGCAGAGGGCAUCACCGAUGCGCGUCAGUGCCUGAUGGUGGGUGACCGCCUGACAACUGACAUUGCCUUUGGUAACGCCGCUGGUUGCCGCACGCUAUUUGUCCUCAGUGGCGCAGAGUCCAUGGCGGACAUUGCGAGGGCAAAGAGCACCGGGGAUUCGCAGCUCCUUCCUGAGUUCGUUGCGCCUUCGUUAGCCUCCUUGAUGCCUGAUGCACGUGACGACUAA